AUGAUUGACGACCAUUAUCAAAAAACCGCCCUUGGUAUCGUGGUCGCGUUCACGAUUCUGGGUGGAAUUGCAGUUCUACUUCGGCUCUGGGGCCGAUGGCUAUCACGAUCGGCGUUGACAAGCGAUGACUAUUUAAUUGUCGUGGGAUAUGUCAUCGCUAUCUCCCAAUCUGUGACCUCGUGGUUCUACAUUAAAACCAACUAUGUCGGCAUUCACAUCGGGGAUGUUCCCAAACACUACAAUCCCAGACCCGGGCUGAAUUGGAACUUCGCAAACCAACUCCUCUACAAUCCAGCCUUGACCGUGGUAAAACUGUCGAUCUUGUUAUUCCUGCGCCGACUCGAUUCACGUUCACGGGUGGUCAAAUACCUCAUCUGGAGCUCCUUCGCCAUAGUAACGGGCCUUUUCAUCACCGUCCUCCUGGUCGACAUCUUCCAAUGCAAACCAAUAGCAUACGUCUACGACAUGACAAUCCCGGGCGGAAAGUGUAUAAACCAAGGCGCAUUCUACGUCUCGACUGCAGCAUUAAACCUCUUCACCGAUAUAAUGGUCCUCUCAAUCCCGGUCAUAAUCACCGCGCGCCUGCAAAUGCCCCUCCGCCGCAAGAUCGCUGUGUGUAUCAUCUUAUGUUUAGGUGGAGUCGCAACCGCCAUCGGAGUCUGGCGCAUCGUAAUCCUCGCCCAAGGAUUCCUCUCCCACACUCCAAACCCAGAUCCAACCUACUCAAUCGGAUUCUGCAGCUCAGCAGUCGAAGUACACGUCGCCGUGGUAACAGCCUGCGGUCCAUCCCUGAAAGCCAUCACCAGCAGGUUCCUCCCCAGACUUCUCGGCAGCUCGCGUAACGGAAAAUCCACGUACGGCGCCGGCACCGGCUCCGGAACCGGCGUUGGGUCGCGCAGACUCCGCUCGAAUAUCUUCAAAUCCAAAUCUGCCUCACAGGCCCAGCCUUCAUUGUACUCCGCCCGCGGCCCGGAUUACGAGAUGGCGGAUCCACUGGGCGGGCCGCGUGUUGACAUUGUUGGGGAUUUUGAGAUGCGUAAGUAUAAGCGUGGUGAUGAUAGUUCUAAUGGGAGUUUAAGUGAUGAUGGUAAGGGCAUUAUGAAGACGACUGAUAUCUCGGUCGGGUAUAGUAUAGAGCCUAGAUCGGGUAGUCGAUCACAAGAAGGCAGACCGGCCAGUGUUGGUAGUUUGCUAGCGGAUCCCAGUCUGCUGAAGUUCGAAUCCAUAAUCGGCGACAAAUGGGUCGGCGCAAAGAGCGGAAAGCGCUUUGAAGUACUAGACCCCGGCACUGACAAAGCAUGGGCCAGUUGCCCUGCAAACGCAGCAGAAGAUGUCUCCGCCGCCGUUGAAAACUCCCACACAGCUUUCGAACAAUUCCGAAAAGUCAACCCCCGCCAGCGCGGAAAGUGGCUACUCGAAUGGCACAACCUGACCCUCGCAGCCCGCGACGAUCUUGCCCAGAUCGUAACCCACGAGACCGGCAAGCCGCUGGCAGAAGCAUACGGCGAGAUCGACUACUCCCUCGGCUUCCUAUGGUGGUUCGCGGGAGAAGCAGAGCGCAUCCAGGGUAGUGUAUCAACAGCCGCAGCACCCAACCGUCGCCUGUUCACUAUCAAGCAACCGAUCGGUGUAGCAGCCGCACUCGUUCCAUGGAACUUCCCCGUUGCUAUGGUUCUACGGAAAGUCGGUGCCGCCCUGGCGGCUGGGUGUACGAUGGUCGUUAAGCCUAGUCCCGAGACGCCGAUUUCGGCGCUCGUGUUGGCGGAACUGGCGCAGCGCGCUGGUAUCCCUGCUGGUGUAUUGAAUGUGCUGACUACGGAUUUGGAGAAUACACCUGCGCUGAGUGAGGCGUUGUGCAAGCACCCGCUCAUUAAGAAAGUGACGUUCACUGGCUCGACGCGGGUGGGUAAGUUGGUUGCUUCGCACUGUGCAGAUGGUCUUAAGAAAUUGACUCUCGAGCUCGGUGGAAAUUGUCCUUUCCUUGUUUUCGACGAUGCCAAUCUCGACCAGGCCGUUGAGCAGCUCAUGUCGUUGAAAUGGCGUCAUGCCGGUCAGGCUUGUAUUACUGCCAAUCGCAUCUAUGUGCAGGCUGGUAUUUACGAUCGCUUUGCUGCUCUUCUGAAGGAGCGCACUGCCGCGAUUGUUGUUGGCCAUGGUGCCGUGGCUGGUACAACGAUGGGACCUUUGACCACGCCUCGGAGUAUUGACAAGGCUUCUGCCCAGGUUGAGGAUGCUCGUCGACUCGGUGCUGAUGUUAUCUUGGGUGGUAACCCUGUGACGUCAAAGCCUGGUUAUUUCUUCGAGCCUACUAUUCUGUCGGGAAUGACGGAGGAGAUGCUCAUCUCGCAGGAAGAAUCGUUUGCGCCUAUUGCUGCUCUGUACCGGUUCGAGACUGAGGAGCAGGCUGUCAAGCUGGCUAAUGAUACCAGCAUGGGUCUGGCUAGUUAUGCUUUCACCAAGAAUAUCGAUCGCAUGUGGCGGUUGCUGGAGAACUUGGAGGCGGGAAUGAUUGGAAUGAAUACAGGCAACUCCUCGGCUGCCGAAUCACCUUUCGGUGGUAUUAAGGAGUCCGGUUAUGGCAAAGAGAGUGGAAAGGACGUGGCUGUCAAUGAGUACUUGAUUUUCUUCACUGCACACAACAUCAAUAUUGUCAUUAUGGACAACCUUAGCCCUCUACGAAACCUGAUUCAGACCCACGCGCUCAUCGACCACCAUGCGCACAACCUGUUGAAUCGCGAGUCGGCCACCGACUCCGACAAUUACCCAAUCGAGGCCAUUACCUCCUCGGCAGACGGUCGGGCCCUAGAAAAUGCCCGCACCACCCUCCCCUCACUGCGGGCCAUAACCCAGCUCUCCGAGUUAUACGGCCGCACCUGCGAAAAUUGGAAUGACAUCCAAUCCGCCCACGAUCAAAGCGUGCGCGAAGACUACGACAAUCUGAUCCGAAAGUCUCUAUCAGGCACACACGCACUGCUCCUCGACAACUACCUCAGGGACGACGAAGAUAUCGAACCUACAACCUGGCACGAUAACUUCACCGUCUCACCAACAAAGCGAAUUGUACAGGUCGAAGCCUUGGCAGAGUCCACAAUCCUGCAGGUCUCGAACACACGCAAGAACGGCGAAUCAGUCUGGAACAUUUUCCGACAGCUGUUCCAGGAUGCUCUCGGUGAGGCAUUAGAUGAUGCCAACAUCGUUGCAUUUAAAUCGGAAAUUUCCUGUCGGACCGGAUUGGACGUGGAUCCGUAUUCUUCUGAUGACACCACGCUCGGCGGGUCAUUGAUUCGCAUCCUCGAUUCCGGGACGACGAAGUCUGGGUUCGAAGUCAAUGAUAAGGAGAUCUGUGAUUGGAUUGUCCAGCAGACGCUGAAAGCGAUCUCGUUUAAGAAGAAAGCCGGUAUUGCGAAACCUUUGUUGUUCCACACUGGCUUGGGAGAUGAUCGGAUUAAUCUUUUGCGGGCGAACCCUGCCUGUCUGCAGCCUUUGAUCGCGCAGUAUGCUAGUGCGGAUAUUGUGCUGUUGCAUGCUGGAUACCCUUACACGCGCGAAGCGGGGUAUCUCGCUUCUGCUUAUCCCAAUGUCUAUCUUGAUCUCGGAAAGGUGUUUCCCAUGGUUAGCCGUGAGGCGCAGACGAAGGUCCUGAGAGAGAGUUUGGAGAUCGCACCUACCAACCGUCUGCUCUGGAGUACCAGUGGCCAGUUUCACCCGGAGAUGUUUUGGUUGGCUAAUCGGCAGUUCCGCCAGGCUCUUGAGACGGUACUCGUGGAUUAUGUUCAGCAGGGCGACUUCACUGCGGCUCAGGCCAUGAAGAUAGCUGCCGAUGUUCUGUUCUAUAACUCCAAUCGCCUUUACAGCCUCAACUUGACUCCGUCAUACACACCUGGAGAGUAA